GUGACUGUGAAGCCAGUUCGGCGCCGGGCAGGCGGAGAGGGAGGCGACGGCGGCAGAGCUGGGCGGGCGGCAGCGGCUCCACGUGCUCCCGGCGGCCGGUUGAAACCGUUGGCGGGCGCAGGCCGAGAGGGGAAGGAGUCAGGGUUGUCUCGCCAGAGAGUACCCAGCCGUCCAAGCAUUCAGCGGAAGAUGGUCUUCUUCACGUGCAAUGCCUGCGGGGAGUCCGUGAAGAAGGUGCAGGUGGAGAAGCACGUGGCCGUGUGCCCCCACUGUGAGUGCCUCUCGUGCAUCGACUGCGGGAAGGACUUCUGGGGGGAUGACUAUAAGAGCCACGUGAAGUGCAUCAGUGAGGACCAGAAGUACGGAGGCAAAGGCUAUGAGGGGAAGACUUACAAAGGAGACGCCAAGCAGCAGGUGUGGCUGCAGAAAAUUAACGAAUUAAUGAAAAAGCCCAACGUCAGCCCCAAAGUGAGGGAUCUCUUAGUGCAAAUCAGUGGAUUUGACAACGUUCCCAGGAAAAAGGCGAAAUUCCAGAACUGGAUGAAGAACAGUUUGAAGAUUUACAACGAGUCUGUCCUGGAGCAGGUGUGGGCUGUCUUCUCUGAAGCGUCCAGCAGUGAUCAGGAACCAGCCAACAACAAGAGGCCAGAGCAGCCGUCACAGGCCCCGGGGGCCAAGGCUCAGGCGGAGACCCUCGCCAAGGCCCCGGCCUCCAAAGGCAAAGAGGCCACGGAGAAGCAGGCGGAGGUGAAGAAGAGUAAGCGGGAGAGGAAGGAAGAGAGGCAGAAGAACAGGAAGAAGGAGAAGAAGGAGCUGAAGUUGGGAAGCCAGCAGGAGAACGCGGCCAAGAGCCAGAAGGCCCGGAAGCGCCAGGCCGGCCCGGAGGAAGGCGGGGAGGAGGGGAGCGCAGCCCAGGGCGCCGGCAAGAAGCGGCAGCGCAAAAGCAGCCGGAGCGAGCAGACCCCGGCCGGGGGCACGGAGGCCGACGCACCCAGGAAACGCAAGCGCAAGGACUCCCAAGCGGCUGAAGCCGAGUGUAAGAAGAUAAAGUCUCGGGGAGAGGACAAGGACGAGGAGGAGGCAGAGAACCACGAGGAGACCCCUGCGAGAGGUAAAUUCAACUGGAAGGGCACGAUCAAGGCCGUGCUAAAGCAGGCCCCCGACCACGAGAUUGCUGUCAAAAAGCUGAGGAAAAAGGUGUUAGCUCAGUAUCACGCAGUGACCAACGAGCAUCACAAGUCUGAGGAAGAACUCCUGGUCAUCUUCAACAGGAAGAUCAGCAAGAACCCCAGCUUCAAGUUGCUGAAGGACAAAGUCAUGCUAUUGAAAUGAACAUUUUUAUAUAUAUAUAUAUUUUUUUUUUAAAAAAAAAGGGACCCUGUUCUGUUCAUAUAUUUUUUUUCUUCCCUUCUUCCUCACGCUCUGUUUGGGAAGCACUAUGGUCCGUUGUAACAGCUCCUACUUGUCUUUCUGAAAAUGUAUUUUAAGUUAAGUGAAAUAUAUUUUCUGGUAGAACUUUUAUGUGAGAAUAAAGUGUAUAUUUCUUGCCCCAAA